AUGCCGUCGUCACAACGCCCCUUUUUACUCUCCUCCUUCUUCGCCGUCUUCAGGCAACAACCGCCAUCCGCGCUAUCAGCCUCAUCACAACCCAACAAGACGACGCAUCACUCCCACCUACAGACCUCGACAGGGGGCACGGCUGCAACUUCUAGUGCCUGCGCCCGGCCGAUCUCGACAUCAACUGCAGCGGCGGCAGCAGCAGCGGCAUCGUCCUCUUCUGCAGAUCACUGCCCACCGCCGACAUCCACGACGCCGCAACGGUCCAGCGUCAUCAAUCAAAUCCCCAUCCACAGCCCCCGCGCGCAUCACCACCACCAUCAUCACCACGGCGGAGUACCGAUACCCGGGGCCGCUACUGGCAGUCCAGGUGGACGGCGCCGCGGCAGCGAUAGCAGCAGCGAGGGCUUCCGGGAUGUCAUCGGCGGCGACAAGUGGUAUAUCGGCGGCCGGACCGCGGGCGGCGAGGAAAAGUUCUUCAAGCUGGGUGUCGUAAGGAGGAUUAAGAGUAAUGACCGGCUGAGUUUGGAUCGUCUAAGUCUAUGA